CGUGGCGCAGGCCGUACAGCCUGGUCCAUGGUGGUGGGUUGCAGGAUAUGACCCCGAGCUGGUGGCUCCUGCCUGGGGUGGCUAUGCCACCAGGGUCUGACUUCCACAGCUGCCUGCAGGGCCCCUAUGGUGACACUGGGGUGUCCCCAGCUGCUGCAAGUGCUUGUGGGAUCCCAGAGAGUGCGUUGUCCUGGACUGGGGCUGCGAUCAGGACCAGGGGGUGCCCAGGAACAGGCACAUGCCCCAAACCAGGACUAGGGGAUAUUCAGGAGCAGGACCAGGAGCAGGAUCAAGGGGAUGCUCGGGAGCUGGACCAGGGAGAUGCCCAGGAGCAGGCUGGGUUGUGCAGCACCAGGCAGGGCGUGCUGAGCGUUGGAACCAGAGCCGGGGCGGAUACCCAGAACCGAGACUGGAACCGGGACCAGGACCCCGGCUGGGCCUCCAUCAACCGCGGGGUGCUCAUCUGUGAUGAGUGCUGCAGCGUCCAUCGCAGCCUGGGCCGCCACAUCUCCAUCGUCAAGCACCUUCGCCACAGCCCCUGGCCUGCCACCCUGCUCCAGAUGGUGCACACCUUGGCAAGCAAUGGGGCAAACUCCAUCUGGGAGCACUCACUGCUGGAUCCAGCCCAGGUGCAGAGUGGGCGCCGGAAGGCAAACCCCCAAGACAAAGUGCACCCCACCAAGUCAGAGUUCAUCCGCGCCAAGUACCAGAUGCUGGCCUUUGUCCACAAGCUGCCCUGCCGGGAUGACGAUGGUGUUACUGCCAAGGACCUCAGCAAGCAAUUGCACUCGAGUGUGCGGACGGGCAACCUGGAGACCUGCCUGCGUCUGCUCUCGCUGGGCGCCCAGGCCAACUUCUUCCACCCGGAGAAGGGCACCACACCACUGCACGUGGCUGCCAAGGCGGGCCAGAUCCUGCAGGCAGAGCUGCUGGUGGUCUACGGCGCUGACCCUGGGGCACCCGAUGUGAAUGGCCGGACCCCCAUCGACUAUGCCAGGCAGGCAGCCCAGCACGAGCUGGCGGAGCGACUGGUGGAGUGCCAGUACGAGCUGACAGACCGACUGGCCUUUUACCUGUGCGGCAGGAAGCCAGACCACAAGAACGGGCACUACAUCAUCCCGCAGAUGGCCGACAGGGUGCGCCCAAAGUGCAUGGCACAGAGCCUGGACCUCUCGGAGCUGGCCAAGGCAGCCAAGAAGAAGCUGCAGGCGCUCAGCAACCGUCUGUUCGAGGAGCUGGCCAUGGAUGUCUACGAUGAGGUGGACCGCAGGGAGAAUGACGCAGUCUGGCUGACGACGCAGAACCACAGCACGCUGGUGACAGAGCGCAGCGCUGUCCCCUUCCUCCCGGUCAACCCCGAGUACUCGGCCACACGCAACCAGGGCCGGCAGAAGCUGGCCAGGUUCAACGCCAGGGAGUUUGCCACCUUGCUGAUCGACAUCCUCGGGGAAGCCAAGCGCCGGCAGCAAGGGAAGAGUCUGCUGAGCCCCACAGACGCCCUCGACUACUCACUGAGGAGCCAGAGUGACCUGGACGACCAGCACGACUACGACAGCGUCGCCUCUGACGAGGACACGGACCAGGAGCUGCUGCGCAACGCUUCCCGCAACAACCGUGCCAGGAGCAUGGAUUCCUCAGACCUGUCGGAUGGCCCCAUCACGCUGCAGGAGUACCUGGAGGUGAAGAAAGCUCUGGCCGCCUCCGAGGCCAAGGUGCAGCAGCUGAUGAAGGUGAACAACAGCCUGAGCGAUGAGCUGCGCCGGCUGCAGCGCGAGAUCCACAAACUGCAGGCAGAGAACACGCAGAUCCGGCAGCAGACGGGCCCUGCACACCCAACCCCGGCCCCCAGCGAGCGGCCGGAGCACGGACACCCCCCGGGCACGGCACCCCCACACCGCCGGGACCGCCAGGCCUUCUCCAUGUAUGAGCCGGGCUCGGCGCUGAAACCCUUCGGGCAGCCGGUGGAGGAGCUGGUGACGCGGCUGCAGCCCUUCGGCACCGGUGAGGUGGAGGAUGAGGCUCUGUACUCCAUGCACAUCCCGGCCAGCGUGUACCGGAUCCGGAAAGGUCCGUCUGCCUCCUCGGUGCCCUUUCCCCCAUCCUCCCCGCUGCUCUCCUGCCCACCUGAUGGUGCCCGGCACAUGAGCAAGCUGGACCGGCAUGGCAGCGGCACCGACAGCGACUACGACAACACACAGGCGGGUGAGGCCCUGAUCAGCAUGGAGGGGAAGCGGUUUGUGGAGCUGAGCAAGGACGAGGACUUCCCACACGAGCUGGACCCGCUGGACGGGGAGCUGGACGCUGGGCUGCCCAGCACCGAGGACGUCAUCCUCAAAACGGAGCAGGUCACCAAGAACAUCCAGGAGCUGCUGCGGGCAGCGCAGGAGUCCAAGCACGACAGCUUUGUGCCCUGCUCAGAGAAGAUUCACUCAGCUGUGACGGAGAUGGCAUCGCUCUUCCCCAAGAAACCGGCGCUGGAGACGGUGCGGAGCUCCCUGCGGCUGCUCAACGCCAGCGCCUACCGGCUGCAGAGCGAGUGCCGCAAGACCGUGCCCCCCGAGCCGGGUGCCGCCGUGGACUACCAGCUCCUGACCCAGCAGGUCAUCCAGUGUGCCUAUGACAUCGCCAAGGCCGCCAAGCAGCUGGUCACCAUCACCACCCGUGAGAAGAAGCAGUGAGCACUGACCCGCGUCCCCCCGCCCCUCCCCGGCCCCGCGCUCUCUGUUUCUCCCUCCCCUCCGGCACCCAGAGCGUGGCUGCAAGUGGCCUUUAGCCCGUGGGGAGUUGGGGCAUGGGGCAAGCCCCCUUGUGCCCACCCCCUGUUGCCGAGGAGCUGGUGCUCAGCCUGCAGGGUGGGUGCCCACGUCCCCCUGUACAGACCCCUGUCCGCCCUGUGGCACGCGCCUAACUUAUCCUGUACAUAGCCUGUGUAGCUGUCUGUGGCGGCGGUGGCGAUGUACCCUCCGCCUCCCCACAACGCCCCUCGCUGGGCGGCCGGUACCCCUGGGGCCCCCCGCAGCAUUACACUGGACUGGGGCGCCCAUGGGACCCCUCCCUGGGCGUCCUGCCCCCCAACCCCGGGGCUGCGCUCCCUACUGUAAGAUGUGUCCUUGUACAUUUGUAUCAAUAAAGGUGUGAGCAUUGCA